AAUCCUCACUUGCAAGGAACUGUGUAUAAAUGCAGAGGGACUCUCUGGAUCCUGUUCAUACAUUAUUCACCCACUAGCUAUUCUUCCACGAGUAGAAUACCAACCAUGAUUCAGUUCCUACUCAUCAUGCAGUUAAUCCAACGCUGCCUCUUCUUCCUCUCCACCACCACUGCUGCUGCUGCUGCUGCUGGUAGCUAUUACAAUAACGACCAACGUGAUGCAGCAGCUCUUCUCCAACUCAAAGCGCACAUCAUCACCGCCGCCGCUUCUUCUUCCGAUCAUCCUCUCUCCCGCAACUGGACGGCGGGGAGGACAUCCGAAGUCUGCACCAACUGGGUCGGCGUCUCUUGCGGGCGCCGCCACAGGAGAGUGACCUCCUUGAAUCUGGCGAACAUGGGGCUGCAGGGGACUCUGCCUCCCCACAUUGGCAACCUCUCCUUCUUGCUCUCCCUCGACCUCAGCGACAAUCUCUUAGGUGGUGAUUUGCCGAUGGAGCUGUCUAAGCUGCGUAGAUUGAAGACCAUCAACUUGUCUACCAAUCGGUUUGGAGGUACAAUCCCGUGGUCGCUUGGGGGUCUUAGUGGUUUAAGGGAGCUGGAUUUGGGUCACAACAGGCUUUCAGGGGCCAUACCAACCACAAUCUUCAACAUUUCUUCUCUGGAGACACUGAUAUUGGCACACAACGGCCUUUCCGGGAGCCUGCCUGAUGAUAUGUGCAUCAAGUUUGCUCUGACAGCAGGGCCAAUUCCAUCAUCAUUGGAGGGGCAUUGUAGCAAUCUUCAGUUCCUGUCGCUCUCCGGGAAUUGGUUUACUGGAACGAUCCCAAAGAGUAUCGGGAAUUUGACCGCACUAACAUUUCUGUCCUUGGGGGAAACAAACUUAACGGGUGAGAUACCGUCUGUAAUAAGCAAUCUUAGAAGAUUAGAGAUACUGAGGUUGUGGGAUGCUGGCCUUUCCGGUACAAUUCCUUCCGCGAUAUUCAAUAUUACGACUCUUCAAGUCGUGGAUCUGUCUACAAAUACGUUAUCAGGAAUUUUGCCGGACGAUUUAUUUUCUCGUGCACCGAACCUCGAACAGUUACGUCUGUUUGAUAACCAGCUACAAGGUGCGAUUCCUAAGAGUAUUGGAGAUUGUGCAAGCCUAGUGGGUGUAGAGUUAUCUACCAAUCAGUUCUCUGGAAGGAUUCCAACAACGAUUGGGAAUUGCACCAUGCUCGAGUGGUUAUUUGUGGCCGAAACUAAAUUGACAGGUGAAAUUCCCAUUGAGUUGGGUAAUCUAAAUGCUCUCGAAAUACUCGUCCUGCGUUUUAACAAGCUAAGUGGAUCAAUCCCCAAGACCAUAUUCAACAUUUCCUCCUUAAGGGUGAUAGAGUUUUCUUUUAAUGAACUAUCAGGGAAUCUCCCAAUAACUGCAUUGGGCUCUCAACUUGCCAAUCUUGAGUGGCUUGAUGUAUUCGGUAACAACCUCAUUGGAAGUAUCCCGCCCUCAAUCUCCAAUGCUUCUAAGCUCGAGGUUUUGGAGCUAUCUAACAACACAUUCCACGGUCGUGUUCCUGAUGCCCUUAGCAAUCUGCCAUCUAUCCGAAAUUUACAAAUAUGGGACAACGGAGACCUGGUUGUUCCUCCUUCCUUCCUCGCUUCUUUAACAAAGUGCACUCAUUUGGAAGUGUUGGAAUUUUCAUCCACUCUGGUUGAGGCUGCGCUGCCAAGUUCCAUAGGCAAUCUCUCCUCGUCUAUGGUACGAAUUCAAGCACAGAAGUGCGGGUUAAUUGGCUACAUCCCAGAUGCAGUUGGUAACUUGAGCAACUUAGUGGGCCUCGACCUCUCAUCCAAUCGAUUAAGUGGAUCCAUUCCGCGAGCAAUACGACGAUUGAGGAAGCUUCAGGGCUUGGCUCUUGAUGGUAAUGAGUUGCACGGACCCAUUCCUGAUGAACUCUGUGAGUUGCAAGCGUUGGUGGAACUAUCCUUGAACAACAACAGCCUUUCUCAGCAAGUUCCAGAGUGCUUAGCCAAACUGACUUCUCUUCAAGCUCUGUACUUGCAAUCCAACCAGUUCAGCUCUGCGAUACCUUCUUCGUUCUGGAACCAAAGAUCCUUGAUAACGUUGAACAUGGCAGGAAACCGUCUAAACGGCCAUCUUCCACCACAUAUCAGCAACUUGAAAGCCUUGGUUGAGAUGAACUUGGCAAGGAAUCGAUUGUCAGGUGAUAUUCCUGCAAGCAUUGGAGGUCUUGUCAAUUUACAGUACUUGUAUAUGGAUCAAAACCACUUCCAAGGCCCCAUUCCAGAUACUCUGGCCAGCAUCGUCACUUUGAAAUCCUUGGAUCUCUCGUCCAAUAAUCUAUCUAGCAGCAUCCCGAAAUCCUUGGAGUCACUGAGGGAUUUGCAAUAUUUCAAUGUAUCACAUAAUCAGUUAUGGGGAGAAAUACCCAGCAAAGGCUCGUUUGAACAAUUUUCCUCUGAUUCAUUCAAGGGGAAUCCUGCACUAUGUGGGUUACCCAAGUUUGGAUUUCCGUCGUGUCCUCAACCCAGGGGAAAGAAACGUGGACAGAAGCACUUAUUAAUCAAGUUAUUGAUUUUACUCAUUCUAUUCCUAGUGGUUGUUGCUAUUGCUGCUCUAUUUGUGGUGAUGAUUUGCUGCCGGAAACGGAAAGUAGAUGAAAGAAGCAACGGGAGAGAGGAAUCACCUUUGACUAAAUGGAGACGGAUUUCCUUACUAGAGCUUCAAAGAGCAACUAAUGGAUUUGAUGAUUGCAACUUGUUGGGCAAAGGGAGCUUUGGUCGUGUAUACAAAGGGGAGUUAGCCGAUGGAAUCGAUGUAGCUGUGAAGGUGUUCAAUGAUUUAGAAGAAGAAGAAGAAGAAGAAGAAGCCGAUGAGGCUACGAUUGACGUUCAUCGCGAAUGUGAGAUUUUGUGCAAUCUUCGCCACAGAAAUCUGAUCAAAAUCGUCAGCAUCUGUUACACAAUCGAUUUCAAGGCAUUAGUGUUGGAGUUCAUGCCAAAUGGAAGCUUGGAGAAGUGGCUAUAUUCUCACAACUAUUUCUUAAACAUCCUACAGAGAUUGAACAUUGUGAUAGAUGUUGCAUCCGCUCUCGAGUAUCUCCACCACGGUUAUUCGAUUCCGAUUGUUCAUUGUGAUGUGAAGCCCGAGAACGUGUUGCUGGACGGAGAUCUAGUCGCUCGUCUAAGUGAUUUCGGCAUUUCCAAGUUGCUAGGCGGCAUUGAUUCUAUCACUCGAACAUUAAUGUUGGGCACCAUUGGAUACAUAGCACCAGAGUUUGGUGGGGAAGGAGUUGUGUCGAUCAAGAGCGACGUGUAUAGUUUCGGUAUUCUACUAAUGGAAGUUUUCACGAGAAGGAAACCCACAGAAGAAUCAUUUGACAAGGGUAUGGACAUGAAGCAAUGGGUUACUGCAUUACUACCUGAGAGAGUGACUGAGCUUGUUGAUGCAAAUUUGUUGGUCGAUGAAGCAAGAAUAAACCUCAAGGCUAAAGUCGAUUGCAUAUUGUCAAUUAUGAAGCUCGCAUUAGCGUGUUGCAUAGACACUCCAAAAGACAGGAUGGAUAUUAGGGAUGUACUUUCCAAUCUCAAGAAGAUAAAGUCACAAAUCUCGAAACCGAGGCACUUGAGAAUUUAAAUAGGUGGAGUGGAUUCGUACUUAUAAUUAGCGUUGAAGUUGGGAUAAUAUUAAUAUGUUGUUGAUGAUAAGUGUAAUGAAAAUCCUGGAUAGCUAUAACGUACGUAUUUAUUGUGUUGUAUGUGAUUCAAUCUGAAACUUUAAACGUUAUUAGUU